AUAUUGAAGUAAUAAUUUUAUUUAGGGUGCAGAUGUUAAUUGUCGAAGAUCUGAUUAUUUAACUCCUUUACAUAUUGCAGUACAAUAUGAUAAUGUAGUACUUAUUCAAUUACUUUGCAAUCAGCCACUCGUUAAUAUUGAAAUAAAAACAAUAGAUGGUUAGUUAAAUUAUGUAACUUGGUUAAAGUUAAAUUAUUUAUAUUAAAAGAAAAAAAAUUAUGGUGAAAAAAUCCAUUAAAAUUAAAAUUAAAUUUUAUUUUAUUUUAACCAAAACUUAAAAUUUGAAUCUUUAUUAAAGAAGUAUACUCAAAACGAUUAUUUUGAUUUUUUUCUUUUAAAAUUCAAAAUAUAAAUUAUAUUAUUAAUAAAUUAACUGUAUUUAAUAACAUAAUUUAAAAUAAAUUACAAAAAAUUACUUCUGUAUAGGAUUGACACCUCUUCAUAAGGCUGUUUUUCUUGGACAAAAAAAUGCGAUAGUAAAACUACUUGAAAAUGGCGCCACAGUUAAUUGUGUAGAUAAUUUAAACAGAUAUCCUUUACAUUAUGCUGCUCUUCAAAAAGAUAUUAACAGUGCCACUCUAUUACUAACCAAUGGUGCACAUGUAAAUGUUUAUGAUACUUUUUAUGAAAGUCCUUUAUAUACCAGCGUUAUACGAAGACCUUUUCUUCCUAUGAUUAAAUUGCUACUAUUUCAUGGAGCUACUAUCUCAGCACCAAAUCAAAUUUCAUUAGAUUUACUUCUUGAAACUAUUUUAUGUUUACGAUUUGAAUCAGAUAUGAAAAUACUUGAUAUUUUAUUUCAAAAUGGAGCAGAUGUAAAUACAACAGACUAUAUUGGUUUACGUACGCCGUUACACAUAGCAGCCAUGAUAGGAAAUACAAAAUUGGUUAUUUAUCUUAUUGAAAAAGGAGCAGAUUUAAAACGAAAAAAUAGUGCUGGUCAUACGCCAAUAGAUGUAGCUUUAAAAUGUCGUAAUUUUAAAAUUGCACGAUUAAUAGAAAAUUCAUUUUCAAAAGAAUAAAAAAUACCUAGGAUUUCAAGUAUAAUUUAUGAAUGA